CCUUUCACAAGCACAACGACCGCGUCCAUGACUGCGACGAUGGCGUCGCAGCCGAUAGCGGCGACGCUGGUGGAAGCCCCCGUGGAUAGCUUCCAGAAGUCGUGGCAGUCACUAUCGGGCCCUAACAACCUCUUCGACAACGUCAGAACGGACCCGCAAGACAUGUCUUGGGCGUCCGUCAAUUACUCCCUCGGAUCGGUGGCGUUUGACCAUGACGAACCUUGUCCCGGCCUUCGCUCACCGUCGUACAUCACGCAGACGUCUUCGAGCCAGACACGGCUUCCCUCCUCACCUUCAACCAGAGCGCAGACCCAGUGUCCACCUGCGAUUCCCGGACCGUCACAGACGCCUGAGGUAAUCUAG